UUCCAUCUUUCCCCACUCUUUUCUCACCUCUUCUUUUAUAUAUAUAUAUCCUCAUUUCUUCAACUCGUCAGCUCAAAAACAACAGAGAUUCACAAACCCAAGCAACCACUCACAACCCAUCAACAAUAACCAAAACAGAAACAGAGACAAAAGAAAAGAAAUGAAAAUCAUUCCUUCACUCUUUAAGAACAAAGAAACAAGGAACAGGCAUCAUCAUCAACCAUGGCAAAAAUGGCCUUCAUGUAACUAUCCCAAGACUCUUUCAUUCAGAGCUGAUGACAUUUUCAAGACUGUAAACUCAGUGUUCUUUGAUCCAACUACUAGUGUUGAACAUGUGGCUGAAAUUGAAACACCCAAGUCAUGGUUCACUAACUCAUCAGAGGCUACAAGCUUCCCAACUGACCAAUCAGAGGAUUUUGGUGGAGAUUCAUUGGAGGUGGUUGUGCGUGGGGCAAGAUCAGAGAGGCUGUUUUUUGAGCCUGGUGACACAAAUUCAAUACUAGAGAAGGCUAAACCAGGAGGGUUUCCUUUCCAGGAAAGUGUAGUGCUAGCAAUGGAGUCAGAUGAUCCAUAUGUUGAUUUCAGGAGGUCAAUGGAAGAUAUGGUUGAAUCUCAUGGACUUAAAGAUUGGGGUUCUCUAGAGGAGUUAUUAGUUUGGUAUUUAAAGGUUAAUGGAAAGAAGAAUCAUGGAUUCAUAAUUGGAGCUUUUAUUGAUCUUCUUGUUGGAAUUGGAGCAGCUGCCUCUUAUUCUGAUUCUACUACUUUUUCCUCUGUUGUUUCUUCUUUUUCUUCUUCUUCAUCUCCUUUUUGUUCCUUAGAAAAUGGAUAUGAUGAGAUUCAAGAGGAAGAACUGGUAGUUCUGUGUUAAUCCUUUUUCAUUUUUGGUUUCCAAGAUCUUUUAGUUGUACAUUAGUAGGAUUUUAAGGGGAAAUAUUAUAUGUUAUAUUCUUUUUGUCCCUCUCAUGCACAUGUACAAGUUUUUGCAUUCCAGUACAAUGGCAACUCUGUUGAUCAA